AUGAGUCCUCAAGUUACAAAUCUUAUGAUAAUUUUAGGUGCAAUGCAAAUUUCAAAAAGAAUUAAUUUUGAUGACCCUGAAGUUUUGUUUUACAUUAGAUCUCUUUGCAUUGCUUCAAAUAUAAUUAUUGCAUUAACUUAUUACAUAUGUUAUAUUUCUAUAAAAAGAAAAAAUGUAGAUCUUACUACUUUGAAAUACAUUAGACCGACUAAUCCUAUGAGCGGUCAGUCUGAGGAACAACUUGUUGUAACUACAAUUAAAGAAUAUGAUAUAAGUGAGCUAAAGAAAGCAAUAAAGCAAUCUCUUAUAGGGUUCUGCAUGAUACUAGUAAUGCAUUUAUAUUUUAAGUUUUCCCAACCUCUUCUUGUUCAAUCUAUUCUUCCUCUUAAAACCGUAUUAGAAGGGAAAAUUGUGCAAUUGCAUUUAUGGAGAAGACCUGCAACUGGUGAACUUAAAAGACCUUUUAAAAAGCCAUCCGGACUUUUCGGUGUUUCUAUGGGUGAUGAUGUUAAAACAGAUAAGAAAAGUAUUGAACAGGCUGAAAAAGCUAGAGUUGGUGCGAAAGAAGAAUAA